AUGGCAUUAUUAGAAUGUCAAGUAAAGCUUAGUAAAGAAAUAGCAGAGGAUCUUUGGACAGUUCGAGUUGAUACGUUAAGUUCUGGAUAUGUUAAAUUCAGCUUUUUUGUUAUUAAAGCUGAAGUUGUUGCAUUAUUAACUUGGAGAAGACACCUAAGAUAUCAACGUUUAUUGGAGAUGAGAAGAAGAGGAUGA